AUGGGCGUGUUGGAGUUUCAGCAGCUCGUCGAGAGCGGACAGCCCUCCGACGCUGCACUCCGCUUUUGGUACCUUCGCUUUCGAUUCAUGAAUCCGCUGACGCCCUUCGAGCCGCACCAAGAGGGGGACUUCGCCUUCGGGGAGUUCUUGUCGGAGCGGCUUUCCGAGGCGCUGCUGCACAUGGUGGAAGUUCCAGUGUCCACGUGGCUGCUGUUCGUGCCGCUGCUGCUGUGUCUGCGGCCGGUCUUCGGCUUCGACCCGACGCCGCUGACGGAGUUUCUGGUCUUCGCCGCAGGAGGGCUGCUGCUUCUCAACUUGUUUCUUUUUUGGAGAAUGGAGACCAUCAUGAACUACCACACGCCCAGCAGCGGCGAGCUCAGGGAGUACCUGCAGGCGCUGGCGCAGCCGCGGAAAGCCGCGCAGCUGCCGCAGGCGCCCCUCGAGCUGCUGCCGCCGAUCUCCCGCAACGGAGCUCUCUGCAGCUUCAUCAGAGGCGCCAAAGUGAUGAACUCGCAAGAGUCUUUGUUUAUUUUGGGCCCGCGCGGAGUCCCGGCGCUGCGGACUUGCAUUCAGCUUUCGCUUUCGCUGCACGUGGUGGCCGUGACGGCCACUGCGAAGCUGCUGCUCUCGCCGCACUACCAGCACGUCAUGUUCGCCGUGCUGGGCUACUGGAGCGGCUGCGCGCCGCUGCUGAUUCUGCUGCUGAGUCUGGGGCUCUUCCCCGCACUUGCUGCGAACUUCACUCUGCUCAGCAACGUGGGCUCGCUCGCCAGCCGCCAGGCCGUGCAGGCCAGCGCCCACAGAGUCCUGCUGCAGCAGCUCGAGCGCCAGUACCAGAUUUUGCAGUUUCUGCGCUUCAGGGCCGACACUUUCUUCGCUUCCCACCCCGGCCGCGCAGUGGGCGAGAUCGAGGAGGCCAGCCAGCUCUACAGCAGCCUCCCUUUCGAAGUGCAGAAGGGCUACCAGGACGUCUUCCACGCCUUCGCCAAAAUCGACGUCGAACCCACAAUUUCUCUCGAAAACAUUUUCAAAAUGAUCGACGCCUUCGCGCUCGAAGAGAGGGUCCCCGACUGCAAGGCGAAAGCAGGUGAACUCGCGCUUCCCGAACCUCCAAGCAGCAGCAACAUGAUCAUGCACUUGCUGGAGGACGAGACGAGAGCCUCGCUGCCUCCGCACCUCCAGGAAACGCAAAAACGAGUAGGAGCGAUCUUUUUCCAGCUGGCCUCUUGGAUAGACGAAAUGGAAGACCGCGCGAGGGAGUUUCAGCCCAAGGGGUCUUCGACUCGCUAG